GUUCAGCUUUCGUGUCAGUGAGCAAGUGUGCGUUUGGCUCGCAGCCACACACAGCGGCGAGAGAACAGUGCAGAGAGGGGUAGGCUACACACACACGGCACCGGGAUUACCUAAUGCCGAUGUACUGCGCAUUUUAAACAGAUAACGGCGGUGUUUGAGACUGAAGUGUAACGGGACAAUUAUUUCUCCAGAACAAUGUUGACUGACAUGGGAUACAAAUAGGCUACUGUGCACGUCAUUCCAAUGCAGCUAUCUUGCUCUGAUCGUAUUUUGCGCGCCUGUCAAGGACGAAGAGGAACAGAAAAUAGAGAAGCAGACAUUUAGAAAUACAGAGAAACGAGUAGUGUGUGCUGACUCGCUGAGUUAUUGUGGUCUGUUGUAUAGACCCGCACAUAUCUCAGUGCUUUCAGAGUAACCAACCGGCUCGUGGAACAGAAAAAGCCGGCCGGUGGCACGGGACUAGUGAGAUAGGUAGAAUAACGUUCGGUGAAUGCUUUUUGCUACAACCAUUGUUACCAAGAGGAUCAAAUAUGAACGCACUAUUUGCCGACUCUGUUCAUGCUUUUCAUUUAGGUCAACCUGCUUAAAACGAACGUGACCGUUUUACUGGACUACGGGCUAGCAUAGCCUGCCUCUAAUCCGUCUCUACACACAUAUUAUAAGGGAAUCCAUUCAGCAGUCCACAGGCUUGUGAAAGCCGAGGUUAGUAAAUGGAUAUGACAUGUGAAUUCAAGAGUAAAGGACUAUGAAUAACAGUGGUCUGAGUUGUUCGGAGUUCCUCAGAUAGCCCCACGCGUAUGCGUGGCCCACAUGACCUACUUUGACGGAGAGAAGCUUCGCUAGGAUGUUCUCUCGAGGACCCGACCGCUGCGUAGUACAGGAAACAACUGAGGUGUGAAGUACAGAUGAACUUGAAUGACGAGGAGAAGUAGCCUUGUCUCUGUUCUUAGAUGUCCGUUUUGUCCGUUGCCUAUCGGAAAAAUAUUUAAAAACUGGCUUUAUUGUAGGCAUGUAAUGUAAGAUAGUUAACCUUAUCUACACUAUGUUAAAUACCACCAUGUGCCACAGGGCUGCAAAACAGGAUGAAAUAUUAACCCAGUUGUUGUUGGAUGUGCUGUUGACCUUUUGUACUAUUCUGCCUAAGGCCAAGGGGGCAACUGAAUGGAAAAAUUAGUACAAGUAAGGAGAUCGACCUUUUCCUAUUUCCUGGCAUCCCGUAUACCCUGUCACAUUUCUCUGUACAGUUUGACAUUAAACUUCAGCUAACUCAGGGAAUACUUUGAAUAAUGACAGGGCCUUUGGUGGGGCUUUACAGGUGACAGUUUAUGGAGCAUGCACAGUAAGAAGCCCUUAGCACUGCAGUUGAGCUCUAAGGCUCUAAGAACAGGACAGAAGCGUAUUUUCCUUAUCUAAUCAAUAGUCACCACCUGUUACACCGAACAUUAUGUAGUCAAGCAAUAAACAGAUAACUACAGUGUAAUAACUGCAUUAGGUAAACAUUUCAAAUACAUUUACUGAAGCCAACUAAUCAAUAUAGACCGUCCUGCUUUUUGACCAAUCAUCAUGUUCCUCAACUGUGGCCAUUCUGGUCAGUCUCUGCCUCUCCUGAGGCACACAGACGUGCCUCACCGCGUGACAGAGUCCUUCAUCCUCUCCGGCUACCGCUUCCCCAACUACAGCUUCCGGGACUGCCUCAAGUCAGCCUUCCGGCCCACCAAUGAGACCGGGAACUUCUGGACCCACUUCCUGCCCGUGUUUGUGUUUGCCUUUUACUUUGCCGAACCGUUUGGUUGGGAGGGCGCCCCCCCAGGGGACAGCCCCUUCUUCUACCCGCUGUGGAACUACUUCAUUGGGGUGUUCUGUCUGCUCAUGACCAGCAGCAUGGCCCACCUUCUGAACUCAAUGUCUCUGGUGAUUCGAGAAGUAUGCUUCUUCGUGGAUUACGGUACUAUCAGUGCCUACACCGUCGGGUCAUCGCUGGCGUACUACUACUACAUCCAUCCCAGAGCAGGGAUAUUGGAUUUGGGCGUCGCAGGACUCAACGAAACGUCUGCCCGCCUUCCAACGUCCUCUUCGUCCUCCCCCUCGGCGCCCGCGUGGAUCGCUCUGCCCGAGUUCACCGUGUUCUUUGAGGUCCUCUACAUCCCGGGCUCGUGUGUGGUCGCCAUCAUCUGCGUCCUAGCGUGCUGCAACACGCGCCAGCACUGGAGGACCUACCGCUACGUCAUCCGCACCCUGGUCUUCCUCCUCCCCUUCCUGGUCUCCUCCACCCCCAUCUUCUACCGCCUUCUCGCCGACUCGCCGUACCCCGUGGCGUCCUCCUCCUUCGCCUCCUCGGCCUCCACGGCGCUGUACUUCUACCGCCACUGCCUGUGGCUGGUGGUGUCGGCGCUGUUCAACAUGAGCAAGAUCCCCGAGCGGCUGUCGCCGGGGCUCUUCGACAUCUGGGGCCACAGCCACCAGUGGUUCCACUGCUGCACCUUCCUCUCCAUCCUGGACGAGCUGCACAUGAUCAAGGCCGAGCUGAGGGCCGUCCUGCUCCACCCGUCCCUGGUGCUGAGCCCCGCCGUGCCGCCACGCCUGCCCGGCCCCACCGUCGUCUCCACCUACGGGGUGAUGGUCCUGCUGCAGGUCACCAUCGCCUCCAUCAUCGCCUGGUUCUCCUGGGGGGCCAGUCGCAUCUACGGGCCGGAGAGGGACCGUCUGGAGGAGGAGCAGCGUGUGAAGGAGGGCGGCGACAAGAAGUGCCAUUGAGCUUUGAUGCGUUCUGACGUUUGUGGAUCGAAUGGGGGUUUUUUCGGUGAUGACUUUGCACUUAGUAGAGCGAUAGAUGAUGGAAACGCACAAAUACGAUUAAAAUAAGACUUAUGUUUUUUCUUUGAUGUGGAUGUUGGCUGUUGUCUCCCAAUUGUAACUAUGUUCGCUGUGCCCCCCCAAUGCUCAAGCAAGUCAAUAGAGAGAAUUUCGUGUCAGGUGCUUGGUCAGGUUUACCGCAGGAUAGCUGCUUUGCUAGGUGUAUACUGCAGAACUGUCUUGGAAGUUUCUCUUCCUCUAAGGGUUGUGAAAUGAUAGUGUUUUGUAGAGCAGAGGAACAAUACCUUCCCUAAGGGCUUCCUUUAGGUUGGAGGAGAGCAGACUUGUACAGAAAUCCCUUGGAGACGCCUGAUUCUUACAUAACAACCUGUGAACAAUGGUGGUUAAAUUUCAGCCUUUUGUGUUCGCACACUUUUUUCUCUCUCUCUCUGUUCUCUCCUUCUCAGUACUGUAGUUCAGCAUUGCUCUUCAUAUCUUUCUCUCUCUCUGACUUCUUCUCUGUCAAACGCACACACAUACAUGCUCAUUUCCUGUCUGUUUCACAUGAACGGUUAUAUCAGGAAGUGGGGAAGCUUAACUAAGCCCAGUCAACACCACAGACUUAGACCUGUCUUACAUAAAUGCACUUCGUAGAAUCUUCCCCUCUCCUUCAAAUGCACGGUGGUUUUUUUCUGUCUUCGCAGCCAUUCAGUUGUCCUCCGAACGUAAUGUACUGUACAGUGACGUACUGUAAAGCAUGCUAUUCCACGUACAAUUAUGACAUGCAUUAUUACAUACUACACGUGUUAUCAAGUUGACCUUUGAUUUUCCAAACCUAAACCUCAGGUUUUUAUUGCGAUCUAAACCCCACAGAUUAUUGUAACGCAUGAAUAGCACUGUACUCUCGACGCCGAACUCUCUCUGUACUUUCUUUAGGAGGAUGACAAGCGGAAAGGGAGUGGGCCCUUUCCCAUGUUUUGGACCCCACAUAGUAGGAUGUCUGUGUAGAACAGAAGCCAUAGUAGAGUAUGGAGGCCUUUUAUACGAAGCCAUUACCGAUUGUCUGAUUAAGGUCGUUAAAAUGCAGACAGUGCGAUAUAACGCCAGGGGCUUCCUGGAUAGAUUUGGACACAACAUGUAAGGUUUCAUUCAGGUGUUGCUGUGGAGAUACCGAAAACCAACCCACAGGUCUAUUGAUUAAUCAGACCGUCUCACAUCUGCAUGAAUUAAUCAAUACUUUUCUGUAUUUUUAAUAGGAAUAUAAUCACUAAAGUGGUUUAUUUAGACUUGACUUGAAACUCCGUUGCUAUUAAAUGUGAGUUUUUUUAGACUCAACAUUAUAUUCUAAUCUGCCCAAAUAUGUUUGGGUUUCCUCUAAGCACUUAAUUGUAGAAACUGCUGUUGUGUUUGUUGGUAUUUUUCUGUCAUGGCAAGAAGAUAUUUACAGUAUUUUCCACUGUAAUCAUUAAGAGUUUUAAGAUCUGUCUUUAAGUGAGCUUGAUCAUGUGUAAAAUUGUGCAAGAUUGUGACCAGGUGUCUUUCUAAAAGAGCAAGUAGAGUUAGACAAAACUGUCACCACCUUGACUCUGAAAUUGGCCGCAUCUGGAGUUUCUCUGGAAUGGACUAGAUCUAUUCUAAGGUUGCUGAACUUGAUUUGUGUGUUUGUCCUUGAGAGUGUUGGGCUUGUCUCACACUCCAGGUUUGUUUGCAUAGUGGACCAGGUCAGUCUCAUAUAAAAGAGAUUAAAGCAUUGUUAAAUAUAUUAUAAUGUGGAGAAAAAACCCAUUGAGACAAUGUGGAUAUUUUGUCAUGUCACGUAAUUGUUUUAUGUUGUGUGUACUUUGUCGGAGUGUUUAACUGAAUCUGCUGCAGCCUACUGUAUGUAGUGUAAUUACACAAAGGCCUGU